CCACAGUGGCCAACUUGACUCCACGGCUGUUCGGCUGAGAAAAAGGGAUCCCAGAGUAACGGGAGCGGAGCUGGCGUGGAAAUUAAAUUAAACUGGUGGGGAGAAAAACGCCGCUGGACGCAUAAAAAACAGACGUACAACAGGUCUGCUUCGAUUCAGAGGGAAAGAUCGUAUAAUUAACGACGAAACAAACGAGGAUGACGACCUGCGCCUAAAACCGUUCCCGCUGCCUCUUCCUUGUGUCUGGACAAAGAAAACUCACAUACAUUUUUUUUUUUCCCUGCAGAGCACAAUUACUCCCUCAAGUCAUGGCGAAUAUGUGCCCUUACGGCCGUUUCACCCACGCCGUGGUUAGGGGCAUCCCAGAGACCUUUGGGAAAACAGCUGGAGACGGCCGUGAGAACGGGCAGGCCACGGUGGACCAGGCCAAAGCCCAGCGUCAGUUUGGCUGCCUGACCGGAGCGCUGAGGCAGAAGGUGGGCCUGCAGCUCAUCGAAAUCCCCCCGGACCCCGAGCUGCCUGAGAGCUGGAGGAUAGAGGACGUGGUGGUGAUCCAGGGCGACACAGCCCUCAUCACCAGGCCGUUCAAACAGCAGAGACGAAGUGAGGUGGAUGCAGUGAGGAGGGUGAUGUCGGAGCUCAACCUGACCAUAGUUGAGAUGGGGGACGACCAAGGGGACUCCGGAGGGGCCACGCUGGAGGGCAGCGACGUCCUCUUCACUGGGCGGGAGUUCUUCGUCGGCAUUUCCUCCCACACUAACCGCAGAGGAGCUGAGGUGCUGGCAGACACGUUCAGGGACUUUGCUGUGUCCACCGUCCCGGUGUGCGGCGGGGCCCGACUGAAGAACUUCUGCUCCAUGGGCGGACCGAACACCAUCGUCAUCAGCAACAGUGACGGAGCCAAGAAGACCCUCAGGAUGAUGGAGCAGCUGACUGACCACCACUACGAAGUGCUCACCGUCCCCGAGGAAUCUGCGGCCAACUGCAUCUACGUUAAAGGCCCGUCCAAACGGGACUUCCUGCUGCACAGGCCUGCGGAGGAAUGUCCCGACAGCGUCUCUGCCUUCCAGAAGCUGCCAGACUACACCCUCCUGCCGACGGCCUGCAGCGAAGCAUCCAAGCUGGGAGCGUCUCUGUCCUCGCUCUGCCUCCUCAUCAACAGGAAGCACACAUAUUUCUGAAGACGCUCCUAUAAUAUAAACACUUUGCUUUUAUCCUGGCGCCUUACCAGCCUAAGUGAAACCGUACCCUGCCGUUUGAGGACACUGCUGCAGUUAUGAGAUCCUCUAGUGAGUUUUUCCCUCCCAUCCCAUCCCAGUUUAUUUUAUAGCAAAAAUUGUUACAUUGCUGCAGGGUUGCAGUUUUACGAAGAAACCCAGAUGGUACAAUGAUUUUUUUUUUUUUACAUAUAUAUUUGGGAGGGUGCCAUUUUUAAUCACACCAAGGAAAUACAAACAGCUAAAGUCAAAUAUUCACUGAAAAAGCUUUUUGAAGAAAAGACAAGCUGAGAAGGCGUUUACCUAAAGUAAAACCUUAUAACCUGUGUUACACAUUUUAGUCUUUUAGUUUGGAACCAGCUGCUACAUAAAGAUGUUUAAGCUUCCUAGAAUAUAAAUUUGUAGAUGUGGAAAUAAAAUGUGACUUUUUAAACCACUGUC